GCUGUUAGUGAAAUCACAUAUAGCAAACCCUUUGCCAUGCAACAUUUGUGUCCAAUUUCUUUCAAUGAGUGUUGUGUUGUGUUCUCUUCUAUGUGACUUGCCCUGCUUUGUUUUCUUCACUAGUCUUUUUACCCAAUUCUCAGUUUUCACUCUUCACAAUGAGGCUAGACCAAAGCUAGCCGCCACAAUUCCCUCACAUGAUUUAGUUACCCUCUCAUGCUGAUUCUCAGUGCUGACCCUUUAUUCCAAUUUACAAGAAAAAUUCAACCAACAACAAAUCAUCAUUAAUGCAAUUUUUUAUAUGCACUGCAAGUUGAGCUUCCAAACAAAAACAAUCACUCUUCAUGAAACAUGGAAAAGUUUUUUCAUUGUUUCACGGACUAGUUUAAGCUCCACAACUUGCUGAUCAAAACUACACAGAGAUUCCCUCCCAUGUUAUUUUCCACUUUGUGCCAAAACCAACUACAUAUAACCUGGUCUUACUUCUUUCACUCAAAUCAACCAUCACGGGUUGCUACAAAACAAUGUGUUAUUAUUAUUAACAUUUUGUUAAUUUAUGCAACUUUUCAUUUUCAGCGCCUUCUAAGAUAGUACAUAUAGCUGAGUUAGAUUCAUAACAAGCAGAAACACCCCUUUUGCUUCUUUUCUUUGUGCUAUAGUCUUAAGGGUCACAAUGCUCUGUUCUGAAAACAGAGCACCCAAAUGCUCUGUUUUGCUCUGCCUCUUGACACUAUUUACCACCAUUUUGUUGAGUUGUGGCCUGGUUUGGGGUCAAACAACACCCAAUUUCGCCUGCGAUGUUGCGAAGAACCCGGCAUUGUCGGGGUACGGGUUCUGCAACAGGUCAUUGCCGGUGAAUGCGAGGGUGGCGGACCUUGUGGGGAGGUUGACAUUGCAGGAGAAGAUAGGGAACUUGGUGAGUGGCGCGGCUAUUGUGAGCAGGCUUGGGAUUCCAAAGUAUGAGUGGUGGUCUGAGGCGCUUCAUGGAGUGUCGAAUAUCGGUCCCGGGACGCGGUUUUCCAAUGUGGUUCCCAGAGCAGCCAGUUUUCCUAUGCCUAUCCUCACUGCAGCUUCUUUCAACACUUCAUUGUUUCAAGCCAUUGGAAAGGUAGUUUCAACAGAAGCCAGAGCAAUGUACAAUGUAGGUUUGGCUGGUUUGACAUAUUGGUCACCAAACAUUAACAUAUUCAGGGAUCCAAGAUGGGGAAGAGGUCAAGAAACACCAGGGGAAGACCCUGUGCUUGCAAGCAAAUAUGCAGCGGGGUAUGUGAAAGGUCUGCAACAGACUGAUCAUGGGGACCACAACAAGCUCAAAGUUGCUGCCUGUUGCAAACACUAUACAGCAUAUGAUAUAGAUAACUGGAAGGGUGUUGAGCGUUACAGAUUCAAUGCUGUGGUGACACAACAAGAUUUGGAUGAUACAUACCAACCACCAUUUAAGAGUUGUGUGAUUGAUGGAAAUGUUGCCAGUGUGAUGUGUUCCUACAACCAGGUUAAUGGAAAGCCUACCUGUGCUGAUCCUGACCUCCUGAAGGGUGUUAUCAGAGGCCAAUGGAAGUUAAAUGGAUAUAUAGUUUCUGACUGUGACUCAGUAGAAGUGCUUUACAAUGCUCAGCAUUACACCAAGACUCCUGAAGAAGCUGCAGCCAUAUCCAUUCUUUCAGGGCUGGACUUGAAUUGUGGUAGUUUUCUUGGCAAACAUACAGAAGAUGCAGUCAAGCAAGGGCUUGUACAUGAAGCAGACAUUAGCUAUGCCGUCUCCAACAAUUUUGCCACCUUGAUGCGUCUCGGAUUCUUUGACGGCGAUCCGAGGAAGCAACCUUAUGGAAAACUUGGUCCGAAAGAUGUCUGCACUUCAGCAAACCAGGAGCUCGCCCGUGAAGCUGCAAGACAAGGAAUUGUGUUGCUUAAGAACAGACCAGGAUCACUGCCUCUUAAUGCCAAAGCCAUUAAAUCAUUGGCAGUUAUUGGCCCCAAUGCUAAUGCUACAAGGGUAAUGAUUGGAAACUAUGAAGGCAUUCCAUGCAAGUAUAUUUCACCCUUACAAGGUCUAACAGCAUUGGUUCCUACAACCUAUGCUGCUGGCUGUCUUGAUGUGCACUGUACCAAUCCAGUACUAGAUGAUCCCAAAAGGAUUGCAGCCUCUGCUGAUGCAACUGUGAUUGUGGUGGGUGCAAAUCUAGCAAUAGAGGCAGAGAGUCUUGAUAGAGUCAACAUUCUUCUUCCAGGACAGCAGCAACAUCUAGUCACUGAAGUUGCAAAUGCAGCAAAGGGACCUGUUAUUCUUGCCAUAAUGUCAGGAGGAUGCAUGGAUGUGUCUUUUGCCAAAACCAAUGAUAAAAUCACAAGUAUAUUAUGGGUUGGGUACCCUGGAGAAGCUGGUGGAGCUGCCAUAGCUGAUGUGAUCUUUGGUUUCCAUAAUCCAAGUGGAAGGCUUCCCAUGACAUGGUAUCCACAAUCCUAUGUAGACAAGGUACCAAUGACCAACAUGAACAUGAGGCCUGAUCCAACCACAGGCUACCCUGGCAGAACAUACAGAUUUUACAAAGGGGAAACUGUUUUUUCAUUUGGAGAUGGAUUAAGCUACUCCACUAUUGAGCAUAAGUUAGUUAAAGCACCACAGUUGGUUUCUAUUCCCCUAGCUGAGGAUCAUGUGUGCCAUUCCUUAAAAUGCAAGUCACUUGAUGUUGCUGGUGAGCAUUGUGAAAACUUGGAGUUUGAGAUUCACCUCAGCAUCAAGAACAAGGGGAGAAUGAGCAGUGAUCACACUGUGUUCUUGUUCUCUUCUCCUCCUGCAGUGCACAAUGCACCUCAUAAACACUUAGUGGGAUUUGAGAAAGUUCACUUGGAAGGAAAUACAGAAGCAUUGGUUAAGUUCAAGGUGGAUGUUUGUAAAGAUUUGAGUGUGGUUGAUGAACUUGGCAACAGAAAAGUUGCAUUAGGACAGCAUUUGCUUCAUGUGGGUGACUUGAAGCAUGCUUUGGGUGUGAUGAUUUGAAUCAAGCCUUCAAAUCAUUUGCACUGAGUCUUUUUUCACACCUCACUGGUUUCCUUAUAAAAAAUUUAAGGUGAACCAGGAAUAAGGUUUGAGGUAAUUCUGUUAUUGAAACAAAUUUCUCUGACUUUGUUUUUAUUCAAACAAAAAAUUGAAAUCAAAAUCAAGUUAAGUAAA